AUGGAGCUCACAACAGUCGCUACCACCCCUGCCUUGCCUGUGAGCGUCUUGUCCUUGCUCAUUGCAGCUGUCACUGUUGUUGCUGUGAUAAUCCAUCGUUUCCUUGCAAUCGACUAUGACCCCAGAGAACCUCCGAUCAUCAAGCCCGGAAUACCCUACAUCGGCCACAUACUUGGGAUCAUUAGACAUGGAACCAAGUACUUUGACACGGUCAAUCGCAAAACGCAAUACCCGAUAUACACGCUGCCCACCCUAUCUAGCAGACAAUAUAUAGUCACGUCUCCCCAGAUUGCGGCGCAGCUCCAGCGGCAGCACAAGGACCUGGCAUUUUACAAUGUCAUUCUCGAAGUCACUCGACGGCUAUUAAAGUUGAACUCCGAUACGAUGCGAAUCAUCAUGACCAAUGUCAACCGUGAGGAAGGUGAUUGGGGCCUCAUGCCGAAGAUGCACGAUAUGUUUAGUGACGUGCUCGGUCGGGGCCAAUCGCUCAAAGAGCUCACCAGAUUGCAGAUGACACUUUUCUCAGACAUGCUCAACGACAUUGCCAUCCGAGGUGACUCUGUAGAAAUCGGGCUGUUCGAGUGGAUCAAGUCGAUAUUCGCCUUUGCAAAUGCAAAAGCACUUUACGGCCCAGAAAACCCGUUCGCCAUGGACCCGAGUCUCGUGGACGCGUUUUGGGAAUUCGAGGCCGGCAUGCUCGCCCUGAUCAUUGACAUCGUGCCCAGCAUUACGGCGAGGAAAGCUCACAAGGCACGAGAGCGCGUCGCCCAAAGCCUGGUUGACUAUGUGCGGCAAGAACGGUAUCACAAGGCUUCACAGGUCAUUCGGAACCGUGUAGGGCUGAAUCUCUCACACGGGUUCACAGUGGCAGAAGCUGGCCGGUCCGAGAUUAUCCUGCUCUUUGCAAUCCUGGGGAAUGCGGUUCCGUCAACAUUCUGGGUCGUUGCCAACAUCGUCAGCCGUCCAGAGCUGAUGGUCGAGAUCAGGAAGGAGAUCGAGCUGGCAGUUGCUGACAACGAGGACAGCACCAAAACGAUCAAUGUUUCGACCCUAGAAACUUCCUGUCCCCUUCUCGUCUCGACUUACAGGGAAUCCCUCCGCAUCAUCGGCAACCUCGCCUCUCUCCGAUACGUGCUAAGGGAUACAGUCAUUGGAGGCCAAUACCUGAGGAAGGAUUCCAUCGUUCAGAUGGCCGGUAUCGUCAUCCACAACGACAAACGAACUUGGGGCGAGGACAGCGACCGAUUUAAUCCCCGCCGAUUCCUCAAGACUCGAGCAUCGGCUACCGUCGAAGAAGAGCCGUCCGAGUUGGAUUUCCAGGAGCCAGCGGCAACACAACUACCUCAGGGAGUCCCGUCAUCGGCAUUCCGUCUCUUCGGCGGGGGUAGCGUGGUGUGUCCAGGCCGGCAUUUCGCGCAGAGUGAGAUUCUAGCAUUUGUCGCAUACCUGUUGCUGGCUUUCGACAUUUCGUCCCCCCAUGGAUCGCCCAUCAAGGUCCCUCCGCCUGACGACGAAAAGAUUCCCCUAAGUGUCCUCAAGCCGAAGGGAGACGCGAAGAUCAAGCUGCGGAGACGGGAGGGCUUUGAGAGCACGAAAUGGGUGCUGAAAGCAUAG